AUGUUAUCCGCACUGCGCUCGACGAGCGCGGUUGCGUCGCGCCGCUUAGUGGCGACGCAACCGACGCAGGCGAUUGCAGCCAGUGGCGAAGCGCCAAAGGGAAUCGGCAAAACUGGUUCGUAGAUAUUAUGUUUUUUUUUUGAAAGUUCUCUGGAAAAAUUGCUCAAUUUCGAAACGUUCCGAAAGAAGCUCAAGUCUCCGCUCACCCGAUUGUGCGCGUGAUUCGAUCGGUGCAAUGACCUGAUCAUUGCUUGUUUCAAUGAGAUGAAGCGCGAGAAAUGAGAAAAGAAAGAUAAAUGGUCUAAACGUUUCGUUAAAUUAAAAAAAAGGAACUUUAAUUAUAUCAUGUUUUUAUUUUCUUAAUGCCACAGAGUGAUUCCGAAAAAUUCAAAACAGCCGUCAGAAAAAAGAAGAAGAUAAUUAAACUUUUGAGAACUAGAGACAGUUUUGUUUUUCGCAAAAAUUGCUUUGAACGACAUAAGAUACAACCUGGUCGAGUUGUAGUUGUGAUAAGUAAAAACUUGAAAAAUAUAAUCGGUAGUUGUGGGUAUUCAAAUAAGAGAUCGAGGAACAAAAAAAUAAUUGUAUUUCAUGAUUUUGUGAAUAUUGACUAAGAAAUAUUUUAUUAUAGUUCGUUCCGUGCGAGACGGUCCCGUUUUAAAAGAACAGCAGGAAAUAAGUUACCGUAAAACUACUUUGUUUGCUCUACGAAACUAUGAAAAAGACAGGAAAAAAUAGUCUUGAAGCAAAGUUUGGUCAAAUUUUAUCAACGAUCUUUAAGCAGAAAAAAAGGCGCGUAAUAGGCUAUAUCAUUAAAGAAGAUAAUGUCAAGGUGAAAAAACUAGACCAAAUUCGUAAUCUUGCUUUUCGAAAUUAAUGAAAAAAAGAGAAAAAAAGACCAGUUCAAGAGAGCUUUUAAUUAUAAAAUUAAAAGAAAUUGAGAUCUGCUCGAUCUUUUUUUUCAAAAGUAAGUGCUAUUUUACAAAAAAUAGAAGUGUAUUUCAACAGGAACCCCGUUUCUGAACUCGUCUUCGAAGGCCGAAUAUGCGCUGGCGCGACUGGACGACGUGAUGAACCUGGCUCAAAGAGGCUCCCUCUGGCCCCUUACUUUCGGCCUCGCCUGCUGUGCUGUCGAAAUGAUGCACUUUGCCGCUCCACGCUACGACAUGGAUCGUUACGGUGUCGUUUUCCGUGCUUCUCCUCGACAGGUAGGACUUGGGUCUUUCUUAUGUCCAACAAGUAUAGCCACUUACCGAAAGGCGGGACAGGUAGAUUUGCAACAGCAUUGCGUACGUGAAAGCUUUAAUUUUUUUAUGGAUGAAAAGAUUAAAUCGAAAAAAUACAAAUGAAAAAUAAAAAAAUAAAAAUUUUUUCCAUGAUUGAAUUUGACCUCAAUUUCCACCACCGAGAAACCGCGUCGCGUACGCAACACGCCACCCUUUGCCCUUCUUAUUUUUCAAAUUUGAAAAAAAUUGACUAUACGGAAAUAAUGAGAGAUGUGAAAGUUUAUAAAUGAGCUCUGUUCAUGAUAUCUCCUAAAAAAAUUAUUUCUUAAAUUUUUUUGUUUCAUGUUUGUGCGCUUCAUUGCUUUCAGUUUUUUUUGUUGUCCUUUUUUUCGAAUAAAUUGAUGAUUAUAGAUUUUGGAAACUUUUGGAUCUUGAACUCGAGGGUUCUUUUUUUGUUCGAAACAAGGUGGUUAUUGAAUAGGAAGAUUGGCUUGACAUCAAAAAAAUAAUUAUAUUUUUUUCGCGAAAAAAAUUCUGAAGAAAAACAGAAGCAGAAAUUUCAUCAAUUUGCGUGGAAAAAAAUCGUGAGAAAAAAAUGUAAAUUUCUGCCAAAAAUAUAUUAUUUUUCAGGCCGACCUGAUCUUCGUCGCUGGCACAGUCACAAAUAAAAUGGCGCCCGCUCUCCGAAGAAUCUACGAUCAAAUGCCAGAGGCCAAGUGAUUUUCAUUGUUUUUCAACUUGUUUCCGUAUUUUUCAUAUCUUUUUUUUAAGAUUUAAAGCGUAAAAAAGUAGGUGAGAAGCUAUCGAAAUGGAGGCUUUCCAGAAAAAUACUGUUUUUAGGUAAAAUGCAGCUGUUUGGGUUAUUGGUAGGGGUGUUGAUAUGAAAAAAAGUUGAAAUAUUGGUUUUUAAAAUGACGAGAAAAAGUUCAUAGGAUGUAUGCAAAAAAAUCAGAAGAAACUUGAAAAAGUUCGUGAGAUGCUCAUCAUUUUUACCACGAUGUUUUUUUGAAAUUGUAUGAAAAAAAGAAAAAAAUUUGGAUAGAAUUUUUAAAGAUCAAAGUUUCAAUAGUCAGAUCUUUGCGCAGGGCUGGCCAUAUUUCUGCGACACCGGCCGCGAACCAAUCUUAAUAAUUAAUUUUGCCACUUUUCGAAAUUUUUGUCUAAAUAUUUCCGCGAAGGGUGUGAAUCGGGAAGUGAGUGAUCAAAAAGGGUUUAUUCACAGAUAUUUUUUAAACUUUGAAAUGUAACAAAAGGGUUCGAUUACUGUUUGUGGGCCGAUUCGGCCUCUAUAAGCGGCCCACAGCCUCAGCGCUGUAAAGUUACUUUUUUUACAUUUUUUUUUUUGAGUAAUUUUCCAUGUUAAGAUGGGUCAUUUCCAUGGGAUCCUGCGCCAACGGAGGCGGCUAUUACCACUACGCAUAUUCGGUGCUCAGAGGGUGCGACCGCGUCAUUCCUGUUGAUAUUUAUGUGCCCGGUUGCCCACCAACCGCUGAGGUUUCGUCUUUUUUGAAAAUUUUCCUGUCUGAAAAAUCGCUUUUUUUGACAGAUUUUUUGACACUUUGUAGAUUUUUGGUACUAUUGAGAUGAGGGAUUGUCCGAAAUCUCUUCAUAUUUUUUUCAAGAAAGGGAAAUCUAGUUACUUUUCGUUCUUUUGAAGUAGAAUGUCACGCCGAUUAGUUCGUUUUCGCCUCGUACUUCGAAAAUUUUUUCGAGAUAGUUAUUGAAGAGCAGUUUACACAAUUCUUAGAAUAUAUGGAAUAAAAACACUUUUUUGACUUUUUUUUUCGAGAGUUUGCAAACUGAUCUACUAAGUGAUUUUUAGGUUAGAUUCACCUGGAACCAUUUUUUCUUGCGCAUUUUGCUUUUUCGAUGGUAGGAAGGAAUUUUGGGCCCGCGAAAAUUCGUGAGCGUGGAUUGUGCAUACACCGAUGUUGGGGGCUCGAAUCUUUGCAAAUUUGAAUCUUUGCAAGUUUUCAUUACUUAUUCAAUUUUUUUUCUUGUUUUUUUCUUUUUAUUGAAUUUUUUUAAAAAUUUUCUUUUGUGAAAACCCUGUGCGUAACAUUCCUGUGAAAACUUCAUCACUACUUCAUCUCGAACAUGGAUGUAUCACACUUCUAGAAAUUUUGCGCUAUCUUGCGUCUUUUCACUCGCACAAAUGUCGCCUACGAGUUUUGUGAGAGCUUCUCUUACGGCUUUAUUUCUUUUUUAUGAAUUUUCCAUUGUGCUCUCUGUUCAGAAACUUCAAGAAAAGAAUUAAAAAAACACAAAAUAAGGGACAAAAAUCCGUGAAAAAAAAAACUUUAGUCAUCAAAUUAAAACUAGCGAUUCGAAAAACAAAGUGUUUCACAAAAUUUAUAAAAGACGAGCAAAUGCAAAUGCAAAAAAUUUAAUUCAUUUCAUUGUGAAUAGUUACGACGGAGAGAUGAAAUAGUCAAGAAAUGUUCACAGGAGUGUUACUCACAGGGUUAUCACAAAAGAAAAUGAAAAAAAAAUUCAAUGAAAAAAAACAAGAAAAAAUUGAAAAAGUAAUAAAAAUUUGCAAAGAUUCUAGUUUGCAAAGAUUCAAAUUUGCAAAGAUUUGAGCCCCCAAGAUCGGUGUAUGCACAUUUCACGCUCACGAAAUUUCGCGGACCCAAAAUUCUUUCCUACCAUCUUCAUUUCAUUAUCUCAAUGUUGUUGCUUUUUCUGUUUCUCUCAAAAUUUGGCUUCGGAAAACGUCACGGAUCACUAAAGCUGUUGGAACAGAAAAUCAACAAAUUAAAUUUUCAAAAAUUCGAGAAAAAAAAUUGAUUUUGCUAUGAAAUAGCUAAGAAAUUUCGUGUUUUCUAGAAAUAUAUAGAACAAGUUUUUUUCUGAAUUUUUUUAAAAAUCAAACUAAAAAAAGUUCAAAAAAAUUAUAUUUUAGUUGCCGAUAAUUCCAUUAUUCUGGUGAUAGGCGAUUGUUUUUCAAAUGUAGAAAUCGAUAGAUUUAUCAGUUUCGCUGGAGUUCAAGUACUACGAGAUCGCUAACAAUAAUAUCGGUGGUAUGAAAUAAAGAGCCAGGGACUUUACCGAUUUUUUUCAUGUCCCCAGUGAACUUUGCGACGGCGACGUUUCCGAAUAAUUCCUUUCCGACGUUUUUUGUUGUAUUUUCGGUUUAUAAGAUAUCUAUUAACAUCAUUUUCAUUUUUCUUUGUAAUUUAAAUAUGAAUAAACUACCUAUUUUGUAUAGGAGAUUUAAAACGAAGAGUUUAACAAAAACAAAAGUCGGGAGAGGAUUAGUCGGAAAGUUCUAACAUGGAAAAAUCGGAAAAUUCGCCGUUCGAAGUUUCGCUGGCCUUUAUUUCAUACCUAUGAAUAUUGAAACAAGGGCAUAUAUUAUUUUAUAGGUUCUCUGAAAAUGAGCGUUUUCGGAGUUUCAAUUUCCUGUCAAUAGGUUUUUUUUUCUGUUAUGAAGUUUAUUUGACGUAUAAAAUUUGAAAAAAAUCGUUUUUUCUUGUAUUUUCGGUUUAUAAGAUAUCUAUUAACAUCAUUUUCAUUUUUCUUUGUAAUUUAAAUAUGAAUAAACUACCUAUUUUGUAUAGGAGAUUUAAAACGAAGAGUUUAACAAAAACAAAAGUCGGGAGAGGAUUAGUCGGAAAGUUCUAACAUGGAAAAAUCGGAAAAUUCGCCGUUCGAAGUUUCGCUGGCCUUUAUUUCAUACCUAUGAAUAUUGAAACAAGGGCAUAUAUUAUUUUAUAGGUUCUCUGAAAAUGAGCGUUUUCGGAGUUUCAAUUUCCUGUCAAUAGGUUUUUUUUUCUGUUAUGAAGUUUAUUUGACGUAUAAAAUUUGAACUUCGCAAUAAAGGGGAACAUCUCGAGUCCUUUGACAAAAACAUUUUUAUUUUUAUAACCCUAUUUUUAAGGCCCUCCUCUAUGGCGUACUGCAGCUGCAGAAGAAGAUCAAGCGCAAGCGAGAAGCUCAACUUUGGUACCGACGAUAG